UCCUCUCUAUCCGCCAUCUUCCUCGGUCUUUCCCGUCCCUUUCGUGACGCCGCGUUCGCUCUUUCCGUACGGUCCGUCUCGAGGGUCGGAUUCUCCGCGUGAUUUUAACGCAAUGGGUUUCGUCAAAGUAGUGAAGAAUAAGCAGUACUUCAAGCGGUACCAGGUCAAGUUUAAGAGGCGCCGCGAAGGGAAGACCGAUUAUUACGCUCGCAAGCGGUUGACUAUCCAGGACAAGAACAAGUACAACACACCUAAGUACAGGUUGAUUGUACGUUUGUCCAACAAGGAUAUUACCUGCCAGGUUGCGUACUCGAGAAUUGAAGGGGACAAGAUCGUGUGCGCUGCUUACAGCCACGAACUUCCCAAAUAUGGAGUCAAAGUCGGUCUUACCAAUUAUGCGUCUGCUUACUGCACCGGUUUGCUCUUGGCCAGAAGGCUUCUUAAGAAACUGGGGCUGGACACCUUGUAUGUGGGUACCACAGACGUGACUGGUGACGAGUACAACGUCGAGGAAUUGGAUAUCGGUCCAGGUGCCUUCAGAUGUUACCUGGAUACAGGAUUAAUGCGCACCACGACGGGCGCCCGAGUUUUCGGCGCUAUGAAAGGCGCAGUCGACGGUGGUCUUAAUAUCCCUCAUAGUACCAAGAGAUUCCCUGGCUACGACAGCGAAUCGAAGGCAUUCAACGCCGAUGUGCACCGACAGCACAUAUUCGGUCAGCAUGUCGCGAAUUAUAUGAGAAUGCUGGAAGAGGAGGACGAUGAGGCUUUCAAGAGGCAGUUCUCACAGUAUAUCAAGCACGGUAUCUCUGCGAACGAUAUCGAGAAUAUAUACAAGAAGGCCCAUGAAGGCAUUCGGGCUAAUCCGGAACAUACGAAGGUCACGCGAGAAAAGCCAGCUAUCAAAAAGAGGUGGAACCGCGCAAAAUUGUCACUGUCCGAAAGGAAAAAUCGUGUGGCCCAGAAGAAGGCCUCUUUCCUCAAAACUUUGGAGGAAGCAGAGGUGUAACCGUUCUUCAUUCUGGAAUUUUGCAAUAUAUCCACAGACUAUGUGUGUGAAUCACCUAAGAAUAAAGAAAAUUCUAUACAAGUG